CUUGUUCUAUAUAGGAGCACAUGGUUCGUGGUUUAGUAAAAGUUUUGUGAUAGAGUUUUAUAAAUAUUUUGUACUUGAGUAGAAUUAAAUUUUAACAAUUUAGACCGAUCAUUUAUGAACUUAUCAGUAAGUUAAAAGUUGUUUGCUAUCGGAAGUAGAAAGAACAAACAAAGAUUAUUGCAAUUCAGUAAAAAAUGGCAUUAAUUAGAAGAGCAACUCAUGCUGGUAGUUGGUACGCAGGUUCUGGUUUGGAGUUAAAUAAACAAUUAGAAGGUUGGUUGGGUGCAGCAGACUUAUCACAUGGACCUGCUAGGGCAAUUAUUUCUCCACAUGCGGGUUACAGCUAUUGUGGAGCAUGUGCUGGUUUUGCAUACCGUCAGAUUAGUCCUGUAGUUGUGCGCAGAAUUUUUAUUCUUGGUCCUUCGCAUCAUGUGAGAUUAGCAGGCUGUGCUCUUUCUUCUGCUUCAAUUUAUCAAACCCCACUGUAUGAUCUACAUGUUGAUCAGCAAGUAUGCAGAGAACUUGAAGAAAGUGGGCAUUUUGAAUGGAUGGAUUUAAACACAGAUGAAGAAGAACAUAGCAUUGAAAUGCAAUUACCAUUUAUUGCAAAAGUUAUGGAAGGGUUUAAAGAUUCUUUUACUAUAAUUCCUAUAUUGGUGGGUUCAUUGAGUCCAGAAAGAGAAGCAUUUUAUGGAAGAUUAUUAGCACCAUACAUGGCUGACCCACAAACAUUGUUUGUUAUUUCUUCAGAUUUCUGUCAUUGGGGACAACGUUUUCGUUAUACAUAUUAUGAUAGAUCUUGUGGUCCAAUUCAUAGAUCAAUUCAGAAUCUUGAUAAAAUGGGUAUGGACAUCAUAGAAACCUUAAAUCCUGCUAUGUUUACGGAUUAUCUUAAAAAGUAUGGCAAUACAAUAUGUGGUCGACAUCCUAUCAGUGUUUUAUUGCAGAUAAUUCAUAACUUAAAAGGGAACACUAAUGGUCAAAGAAUGAACUUAAAGUUUCUUAAAUAUGCUCAAAGCAAUCAGUGCAAUAACAUGAGUGAUAGCUCUGUUAGUUAUGCCAGUGCUUCCUUGGUUGUUGAGUGAUAAAAUAUGGAAUUUUAAUGUUACUAUUAUCAUUCAAAGAAUUUACAGUAAGAAAAAGAUCUUAAAAUACGAAAAAUAUAUUAAGAUCUUUCCAGAUUUUGUUUCAUAUUUAUGGAAACUAAUAACACUUAAAUUAAGUUGCAAUUUAUUAUAUUGCAUGAAAUUUUUUUCUUAAUUAUUUGGAAAAGGUAUCGAUAUUUAUAAUGAAUGUGACAAAUAGAAACAUAUUAUUAUCAAAUUGUUUUAUUUAAAAAUAUUUCGGUAUAUUACUUAUAAGAAAUCAGUACUUCCAGAUUUUCAUUAUGGAAGGAGCUUAAAUGUUUCUUUGCUUUGGUGUUUAGUAUUGCAGUUCCAGAAGUACCAUAUAGUGCAUUUCAUAAAUAUUGAAUACUUUUUACGUGUGCAGAAAGUUCAUCUAUUGACGGAAAAGGAAUUUUUCAUAAAUUAAUAACUGUCCAAAUAACUUUACUACAAUUUUAAAAAUUGUGAGAACUAGGAAAAUAUUUUACGUCGAUAUUAUUAAUUUAAUAUUGUAAUAAGAUAAAUUGGCGAAACAAUAAGAAGGGUAACAAUAUUUUGUUGAUAAAAUAUUAAAAUCCCAAGAUACUUAUAGUUUAAGGCUUUAAUAUAUAAUUCAAUCGGGUCAAAAAUCGUGGGGUACGUUAAAAAGAAAGUUUAUCUAUUAUUUGCCGAAGUUCAUUAGUAAAUAAUAAAUAAAGUGACAGAUAACAAAUUAUUACAAUCAUUUGUUUGCAACAAUUAGGGAUAAUUUCGAUCAUCAAUGUAACCGUUUACAUUGUAUUUUAUUACUUUUAUUAUACUGUCAGGGAAUUAUAAUGAAAUUAAACUUGAACUAUAACUACAAUGAACUCUAAAUGUUUUAAUUUUUAGUUAUUAAUAACUAAUAUUUACUUCCCAUUACUAGGACAAUAAUAAUAAGAAAAUAUUUUGACACAGAUUGCAUUGUUUCUCUCAGGGAUAUGUAUAGACUUAAUGAAACUAAAAAUUUAGGAUUGAAAUUUAUUUCUUUUGUGUCAUUAGUGUGAACAAUCUGCAUCAAACAAUAUUAAAUGAAAUACCAUUACAGAAAUAAGAGUGUACAUCUUAAUCAUGUCCUAUUUAAAACAAAGCAAUGAAAUGAUCUCAUAUCCUUCCUAGCCUACAUCUUGUUAUUUACAAUUAGCAUAAGAAAUUAAAAAUACAAAAAUUAUAUUGUUACAAUGCCGUAACAUAAGUGUGAAGGAUCGGCAUGGAAAGAUGUGUAUAAAAUACUUCAAGUUAUUACUGAUAUUCUUUUACUCUUAAUAAGGUAUUAAGUGUUACGAUAGAGCAUUUUUGUAUUGUGAUUUAUGAAUGUGUAAUCUAUAAAACUCAUUUUGUAAUAAAAUUAACUAACAAUUAUUAUGUGUCAUA